AAGGUCUGCGCUGACAGUCGUGAUUUAGAAAAUCGUCUAAACGAAAGGGAAUGAUAUAAAAAGAAAGAUAGAUAUGUUGCAAUGUGUGAUCAUUAAACCAUGCAUUGCAGAACCAGGAAAAUAAUUAUAGCAAUGGCAAGGUAGCUAGUGCCCAAGGCGCCUGUGCUAACCUUAGCCCCUAUAGGCACGGCUAAAUAUCUAGCUAGCUAACUAUUGUUAGAUAAAAUGCUAGUUUGUUAACAUUGUCAAAUGACAUGCUCGUAGGCAAUAGCACUUGGCAUAUUCUUAUUGAGUGUUUUAAGCAAACGUUAGUAUAUUUUUUGCCCAUAUGGGGACGCAAGAGACCGCUGGGACCAUAGAGAACCGUAUUCUAAUUUCUAAUUCUAUGGCUGAAAGCUUGGCUAGCUGGCUAACCAACUGGUGUUGUGCCACAGAUCCAGUUUGCCAAUCAUUGGUGAGUUCUCGUUGAGGAGGAGGCAAUGACAAGCAGAGCGGAGACGUGACAGACUGUCUUCUGUGACCCGACCAUCGAAGUAGCUAAUCCUGUUGACAAUCUGGGAACGUUUACAAUUUUUCCAAAUGCAUCCAGAGAGAGACCCCUCUCCGUGGAUCAGAAUGCGAUCCAAGAAGAACAGAUGAUGCGAAAAAGCUUUCUAGGCAGAGCAGGGCAUGAAAUAUAUAAAUAUAAAUCAACGAGAACUGCACACAUGCUGACAGAACCAGCUCAUUGAACCUGUAGGAAGCAUGACAGCAUAUUCCUGUAUAUUUGAUCUAUUUAUUUAUUUUGGUGAAGUAGAAAUGAUUGUGUCUGUAUUUCACCACCGGUUUCCAUAUUUGCAUGUACUAAUUCUAUCAACCGAUUAAAGAGAUCAGUCAGAAUUUAUUUUUCAAGAUGACGGUGGAGGGUUCCACAAUAAAGAGUCGGAUCAAAAAUCUGCUUCGCUCGCCAUCUAUAAAAUUGAGAAGGAGUAAAGCUCUGAACAACAAAGAAAAUCUCGCUAACAAGGUGACACUGGAGAAGGUGCUAGGGAUCACAGCAUUUGGGAACCGCGCUUUGGCUUGUGACCCUCGCUCUGGACUCGUGGCCUACCCAGCUGGAUGUGUGGUGGUGCUGCUGAACCCCAGGAAGAACAAACAGCAUCACAUCCUCAACAGCUCCAGGAAAACCAUCACCACUCUGUCAUUUUCACCUGAUGGCAAAUUUGUGGUCACAGGAGAGAGUGGACACAUGCCUGCUGUGCGGGUGUGGGACGUUGCAGAACGGACCCAGGUUGCUGAGUUACAGGAACAUAAGUACGGCAUCUCCUGUGUGGCGUUCUCCCCCAACAGCAAGUACAUUGUCAGCGUGGGAUACCAGCACGACAUGAUUAUCAAUGUUUGGGCCUGGAAGAAAAACAUAGUGGUGGCAGCCAACAAGGUGUCCAGUAAAGUCACAGCUGUGUCCUUCUCCGAUGACAGCAACUACUUUGUCACGGCAGGGAACAGGCACGUAUUCAAGUUCUGGUACCUGGAUCACACCAAAUCGUCCAAGGUGAACGCCACGGUUCCUCUACUGGGUCGCUCGGGGCUCCUGGGGGAGCUGAGGAACAACUUCUUCUCUGACGUGGCAUGUGGGAAGGGUCGUAAAGCCGGCAGCACCUUCUGCAUCACCUCCUCAGGCCUGCUCUGCGAGUUCAGUGACAAACGCCUGCUGGACAAGUGGGUGGAGCUAAGGACCAGUCAGGCCACAUCUCUGUCUGUGACGGACGAACUGAUCUUCUGUGGCUGUGCCGACGGCACGGUUAGGUUCAGCCCAGUCAACCUACACUUCAUCUGUACCCUGCCACGCCCACACUGCCUGGGCACAGACAUCGCCACCGUUGUGGAGGCUAGUCACCUCUUCAGCCACAAGAUGGACGCCCGGUGUCCAGACACGGUGGCUGUAUCUUAUGACCCUGCGAGCCGCUGGCUGUCCUGUGUCUACAACGACCACAGCCUGUACGUGUGGGACGUACGGGACCUCCGCAAAGUGGGCAAGGUCUACUCCGCCCUUUACCACUCGGCCUGCGUGUGGAACGUCGAGGUGUACCCAGACAGGGUAAGUGAUGGCAGGCAGCCCUGUUUGCCUCCAGGCUCCUUCCUCAGCUGUUCUUCAGACAAUACUGUCCGGCUCUGGAACACUGAUGGACACAACACAACUCUUAGCCGCAACGUCAUCAGCAACGACCUCCAGAAGAUCAUCUACAUGGACAACAACACGGCCGGCCUGCUGGACACAGAGUGCCUCAACUCGGGGAACGGAGAGAAGGCCGACCCCCAGACCUCCGAGACCAGGACGGGCAUCAGGACCAUGUGUGUCAGCCCAGACGGGCAGCACCUGGCAUCGGGCGACCGGACCGGCACCUUGAGGAUCCACGAUCUAGAGAGCAUGGGGGAGAUUCUGAACGUUCAGGCCCACGACUCAGAGAUCCUGUGUCUGGAAUACUCCAAGCCUGAGACGGGGCUGAAGCUGCUAGCCACAGCGAGUCGAGACCGGCUGAUCCACGUGCUGGAUGCAGAGCGGGAGUACAGCCUGCUGCAGACGCUGGAUGAACACUCCUCUUCCAUAACCGCUGUACGAUUUGCUGCCAAUGAAGGCAAGGUCAGGAUGAUCAGUUGUGGCGCUGACAAGAGCAUCUACUUCCGCACAGCGCAGAAGUCAGAUGAAGGAACCGUGUUUACCCGCACCCACCACAUCGUACGCAAGACAACGCUGUAUGACAUGGAUAUCGACCCCACCAGGAAGUAUGCUGUUAUUGGUUGUCAGGACCGCAGCAUCAGAAUCUUCAACAUCAGUAACGGAAAACAGAAGAAACUGUACAAGGGUUCCCAAGGAGAGGAUGGGACUGUCAUCAAGGUUCAGACAGACCCCUCAGGGCUGUAUGUGGCCACCAGCUGUUCAGACAAGAACAUCAGCAUCUUUGACUUCUACUCUGGGGAGUGUGUGGCCACCAUGUUUGGACACUCUGAGGUUGUGACUGGAAUGAAGUUUACCAAUGACUGCAAGCACAUGAUAACUGUGUCUGGUGAUAGCUGUAUCUUUGUGUGGCGUCUGGCCCCGGAACUGACUAUCAGUAUGAGACAGCGUCUCUCGGACCUCAAGCAGAAUGGCAAGCCAGUUCAGAAGACCCCACUUCACAAACCUUGCAAUCUCAGCACCAGGAGAGAGGUACAUAGCACCCCUCCCAUUGUCACCAUGUCCUCUGACAGUGACAAAGAGGUGGAGGAGGAGGGGAUAGAAGAAGAGGAUGAGGAAGAGAGGGUCUCUCCUUACAUGGUGUCAGGCUGCAGUGCAGGGGAAGAGACAGAUACCUCAGAUGAAAAGCACAACUCUCAUGAACUGAAAAGGGAGAACUCUUUUGGCAGGCGGUCCUCCCAGGGCAGUCACCACUCUGAGGACAGGGGUCCCCGUCCGCGGCGCCGCUGGUCCAGACGCAUGGACAGCAUGGAUCUGAUGGUCAAGUCCAUGUUAGACCUCAGACAGCUGGACUCCUUUGCCAUGCCCCCCUCCUCCCCCACUAAGACCCAGACCCAGCCUGUUUCUGACUCCUUCAGAGACCCAUUCAGAGAGGAAGAGCUGGGCAGUACCAUCAGCCUGCAACCCCUCACUGCAUGGGGGGAGUCUGAGCAGAGGUCCCAGCAGCGGCCCAAAUACAUCACGCUCUCUCCACAGACACCUGACACAGAGACAGGCCCAGUGCUGUACCCCGACGGCUUUGAGGACAGGGUCAGCUUAGCCGGCAGUGAGUACCUGGUGAAGGAGCUGCUGCCUGGGCCUGGGGCCAGCAGGAGUGUGAAGGGGUACCAGAACCAGAACCAGUGGAGCCAGGGUCACCAUGACAAACACAGCCCAGACAGCGCCUGCUCUGUGGAAUACUCCAGCAGCAGACUGUCCAGCCCAGACAAUCAGCAGCAGCCACCUGGAGAGGACCCUGAGCCCACGGAGCCUCUCAGUGUGGAUGGGAACUCCUCUGAAUUGGACCUGGAGGAACUGGAGGUGGAAGAGGAGGGGGGCGUAGGGAGGGGAGAUGCCAAGGGGGUGACGGUAGUACCCCAGACCCCCGACCAGGAGGCCUUCCUCAAACAGCACUUUGGCAACCUGGCUGAGCUUAACAACCCAGUGAGUCCGACGAGAGCUGCCACCCCUGACAAUAUCAGCAUCUCCUCCAAGUUCCUGUCUCAAUGCUCUACUGGAAGCAGGACCUCCUUUCCAUUCCUAUCUAAGAGCAUUGGUGAGGGGAAGGUAGGCAGCGGUGUGGUGAGGCCCCUGGUCUCUCAGGUGAGGCCUCUCAUGGAGCGCAACCAGGACAGAGACCAGAGCCAAGCCCAUAGCCAGAGGAAGGUCUCAGAAGACUCUCAAAAGGGCCCCACCGGGAGACUAGAAGUAGUGGACACUACGGAGAAGUUUCUUAAUCUGCGGGCCUCUCCUCUGAGGAAGAAGCUGUUUAACCCUGCAGUGGACUCCCGUAGGAUGGUCAGCCCUGUGACCAAGGCUGCAGCCUCUCACCUCACAACUACCGGCAUGAGGAAGUCCCAGUCAGUCCAGAACCUGCACACUGAGGACAUGCCUCUAACCCUGUCUCGGCCCCCCAAGGAGGUGGCCCCCCUGCCCCAUCACUCCCAGCUUCAUCACUCCCAUGCCAGCGAGGGUCAAGUGACACUCCCCACCACCCCCCGCAGCACACUGCCCAGCGUGCCCCCCUUCUGCAGCCCCACCUCCCCCCAGCCUCAGGACAACACCAGUACCAGCCACAGCACAGCCACUAUGCCCAGGAGUCUAAAGUCCCGCUGCUCCUACAUGAGCCCCACCACCAGUUCCAUGGCCAAGAUGUCCCGCUCCUUUUCCAUGGGAGACAACCUAAACGUGACUGAAGAGGAGUCUGGAAGUAGUUCCAACACCUCCAACCCUCCAACGACCAAGAGUCAGAGCUGCUCCUCCCAGAGCCCGAGUACUAAAGCAUCUUUCCCAGUGGCCAUGGUCUCCUCGGCGUCGUCCUCCCUCUCAGGGAUGGGUUUAGCCAUGCCCCAAGCUGCUGUUAUCCCCAACCUCAUAGCUAGCUCUAACCCUAACCCAACCACCAAGAGUCUGCAGGCCAAGCUGAUGUGCAGCACCCAGCCCCAGCUCAACCUGGACAUCUCCAAGUCCCUCCCAGACAAGCCCUCCCUGGCAGUCUUCACACCCAACAGUACCUCCAAGACCACCACCACUUCCUCCAAGACUGUCAAAGAGGACAACCUCUCCCCCAGAUCCCCAGUUAGCUCAUUGCCCCAGGAGGGCCAGAAUCAACCACCACUGCUCUUCAACAACGUCCAGCUAGUCAUUGCACUGUCCCCCUCCCCUGCUGCUCCUUGGGAGACUAGCCCAGUGCUGAGCCCUGAGGCGGAGCAGCUUGGUCUCACCGCUGAGCUGCGUCCUGAGGCCCUUGUUGUAGACAACAGACUGGAACAGCCAAAGACAGAGGAAAGCCAGGGCCUGACCCAGGAGGAGAGCCCCGUGACGGAGCGGUCUCUUCAGGGCAAUCCGGUCUACCUGCUGUCACAACGAGGGCCCGGCCAGGACCACACAGGUUUGCUCCAGCGUUCUCCCUCCUUCACCCUGUCAUCUCUGCGUCUGGGCCUGACCAGCACCAAGCACUUCUUUACUACUGGUGCACUGUGGCCUGCUGUCUCCACCCCCAUGUACUCUUCACCUUCACCCUGUCCAUGUCCUCCGUCACUUAACCGGUUUCUCUCGAUUGACGAUUCUCUCAGUAUGGAGUCGUGCAAGGUGUUGGCCAGCGAGCUACAGAACUCGUUUAGGAAGGCCUCCCGGUUCUACAGGAUGGUGAACAGUGUGCCUGUAGCCUCCAGGCAGGAGCAGCAUGAGAUGGCCCGGGUCCUGUCUGAGGCCUUUGAGGUUGUGAGGGCCGAGCUGAGCUCCCUGCCGCAGAGCUCACUACCAUCCCCCUCUGGAGAACCGGCAGCAGGAGGCUCCCUGUGUACGCUGGGCUGCCGGCCUGUAGGACCAGGCACAGGGGGAUCAGGCUCAGGGGAGGAGAGGACUCUGGCUCUGCUGGAGCAGUACUCUGAGCUCCUCCUCAAAGCUGUGGAGAAGAGGCUGGACAACAAUCAGGUCUCCUAGAGACAUCUCAAGGGAGAGGCAUCUUACUUUAUUUACCCCACCCUUUAAGACUGAACCAACAAACCUUCUGACAAAUGUAGAAUUUUAAGCCAUUGUGCAAGGAUAUCUGCAGAGCUGAUUGAUCAGGGGACCUACUACAGUACUUGUUAUUUAAAUCAACUUUUUGAAGAUGAACAAAUUAAAAUAUUCAUGAGGGACAUCUUUUUUACAAGUUAUUUGUUAAAGGACUUCUUAUCUCUCUCGCGAUGGUGAAGCUUGCAGUCAGCACAAAGGCCCACUGUAAUGGGCCAACGUAUAACACUAACAUGCCAACAGCACAGAUACUGGUUAUGUAGGGAGACCCCUCAGGAUGAUCGAUGCCUCAGCAUUCAUUCCCAGUGUGGCUAAGCUGCACUACAGACUGUCAUUGACUAACCUUCCUCCCUCUGUGUGUCACCUACCAGAUAACUGCACUCUCACAACCACUUGUUUUGUUUUAUUCACCCAUCUUGCCAAAUAUUGUGCCCUGCUACUUUGUUUUAAGUAAGUUAGCCUGAGGCUAAUACACAAGUAAUUAGCGGUUAUGCCCUUUGUUACAUACUCUAGAUCUCCCCUCGAUGAAGGAAAUAUGAAUAGUUGCUACAUUUGAUACGGGCUAUCAUUUUAUAAUAAUAAUAAAUAAUAUAAUAAUAAUAUAUGCUGGGUAGAAGUAGCAGAACAUUUUGGAGAAUCGAAGGGUGUUGUUGUUCAAUACCUUUCCUGACCCCAGUGAUCUAAAACAAUACAAUUGUGAUCGCUACAAUUUAAACUUUCUGUGUUGGUGUCCCUGUCCCAACCAGGGCUCUCACCCACCAACCCGUUGGACCAGGUCAUAGCCUCCUCAAAACUACAAGUGGAACACAAGACCCUUCCAAGUCAUAGAAGCCAGAUUAUCAGAUAUAAUGUUUUAGUGGAUGAGUUCAUACAUUGUGUUUUGAGAGGCCCUGUCGGUGUGUGAUGUGUGGUUGUAUUUAUUAUGUUGUAAAAGGUCCAUGUUACAAAGGGUUUUUCAGCCUCUUGUUGUACAGUUUGUUUUGAGACUGGUGUCAGUAUGUUUUGUGCCAGAGCUAGGUCAUCAGUGAGGGACCAACAUGCAAAAAACAGACCACCUUGAAGAUAUACAGUAUCAACUGAGUCUCCUCGUUCUUCAACUCUACUGGAUGAUUUUAUAAAACGUGUGAAUUGUGUUCCCAGUAAUAAUACAAAUGUUUCAAGGAAAUGGGUGCCUUAAGUCAAAACCAUAUUUUUUCAUGGUUCUAAAUGUGUUAGGCAAUACCAAAAUAAUAUUCAAUUGUAAUCAAAAGGCAACUACUGAAAUGUAUCUACUGCUGUGGGAAUCAAAUGACAUUGAGGAGAAGUGUUCUCUGGUGACAAUGAAUAGAGACAUCUUAGUGUUGGGUUACUUGAGGAUAAGAACAUAUUUCAUUCAUAGCUCUUCAGAGCUCUGCUGCACCAAGUCCUCAACAUUAAUUGGCUUCAUGUUUUUAUCCUAGUCUCUGGUACAUUUCCACCACAGUAACAAUAUAAAGCACUUUUUUCCUAUCAAAAUGGUCAUAGGUCAAAUUAAUGUAUUUGUAAUAGCUUAGGAUACUAAACUGAACCUUCAGGGUCUCUGUGUGUAUAUAAUGGUGGAACGUAUGUGAGUCGAGGGCUCAGACUAAUUAUUAUGUUCUGCUUGCUGCUAUGGUAAUUGUGGCCGCAGACAAGCACAACAUUGCCCUCUGCUGUUGGACCUAAAUCACUGCCCAGCUGCUAUGACAGACAGCCCAAUCACUCACCUCCCACCACUCAUCUCUGGUCAGGAUAAUGAUAUGCUAUGCUAUAAUACACUAGUGCUCUCAAACAAUAUUUUAAUCACCUGUGUAUACAGUACUGGGUAUUUUCUCAGUUAUUGUUACUUGUUGUUAGGAAACUUUCACAUCUUGGUAGAAACUGUCUGAUCAGGUACCCAAUGUUCUUCUACUCUUUCAAAGUGCCACGCCUGUAACUCCUUUCUACUGUUGAUUAAAGCAUUGUAUGUACAAAUGACUAGAUGGAUGUGCAUGGACAGACCGCCGAGAUGUUAAAUUGCAGUCGAGCCCUGAAAGGACAUGGGUUAUGGUAUAGAAUAAGAAUGAAUUAUUCUGCUGUUUAUUAGUUAUUCACUAUUUCCCCAUCUGAUUGACAAUAUUCAGAACGGUAACGUUAUCUAGCAGACUGGAGGCUUCGUUAAGACAUAGGAUUGUAUUUCAAUGGACAGUAGUACAGAUACCUUGUAACUUUCUGCUGCUUGUAUGCAUGAGUAUAUAUGCAUGAAGGGUGGUGAAUGGAGGUUGACUGACUGGCUCGUUCCUUAGUAGGAUUGCAUGGUUGAACGUACCCUAGGCUUUUUAAAGAGUCAAUCCCGCUCUUUUUCACUGACUGGUACCCCUGUAGCUGACCCUAGUUCUAAUCUCACCUUUUGUAUGUUAUGAUGAUUACUUGUCUUAAACUGCAGAUCAUGGACCAGCAUUUUCCUCUUUUAGGAAUGAUCACCUUUCAGCCAUUUUGUGAGCUGUUUUCUGUUUUGCACCAACCUCAGUGUUUUUACUGUAUUCCCUCUCUGAACUUCUCUCUCUGCCAGAGAAUAAAAACAGAUUUAUUACACUCAA